AUGCCCUCGCUCUUCUCCCGCUCACACCAACCACCAAAGAAGGACCGCGCCCCCGCGGUCCUCGUCACUAACCCACACGGCUCGGACCGUCGUAUCGUCGGCCUCGCAAAGACAUGGAACGGGAACGGCUCCGGCUCCGCUCCCGCGCCGUCUCAUGUCGGCGAGUUUGGCACCGUCCCUACAAUCUCGCAACAAAAGCGUGGCUCGCUGCCAGGCUCACCAGACACAGUGGGCCCAGCAGCGAGCGCAUCGGCCGUGUCCCUCGCCCCGCAGACGUUUGCGUUCCUCUCCACCACCGUCCCUCUUAGCGCACAGUCGUUCAUGUCAAACGACAACAUGUCCACCGUUGGCAUCGACGAGCUCCGGCAGUAUGGUUUCCUCGGUGGCGCGGGCCGGAACGUCGUGCUGGGCCUGGACGAGGUCGCACGCGUCAUUCGCGACGUGGGUGCCGAGCUGGCCAAGCGAUCACUCGACACGCCGCUUCUGUUCUCCAACCAGAGCCUCGAGCUGAACGGGACGCGCAUGAAGAUGCUCAUCCAGACCUUCCUCGGCACUGUGCGCACCUCGUCGCGCACCCCGACCAAGACGUCUGCGACGACGUUUGCACAGGACGUGACGUUUGCAAGCGACCAGGAGCUCGCGUGGCUCCUCCGCUGGGCGCUGAGCCGCAUGACGCGCGUGCGGGAGCCGACACGCGAAAUCUGCCAUGGUUGUAUGGACUGGGAGAUGUACGAAGAAUGGAGAGGACGUGAAAGGGCCUCAAAGUAUCCACUGGACGCGUUCCCGAACCUGGCGUCGAUUUUGCCUGCCGAUGUCUACCACUACAUUAUCCAGCCGCUGUUUGCCCUCAUGUCGCGCUUUGCAGCGCACUCGCACAACUCGGGCCUCACGCCACACGCCUUGGCCUCGUUCUUUGCACCCCUUAUCUUUGACGUUCCCACCUCUGUCCCGUGCCUCCAGGCGCACACGGCGUUUGUGCGCGCCGCGUCCGCCACCGAGCACAUGUUCCUUGCCUUUAUCCGUUCGUCGGGCGGCCGCGACAACCUCGGCCUGACCGACCUCCCCUUCCGUCUCCAGGAAUGGGUGAACGGCUACCCGUCCAUGAUCGCGUCCGACAUUGACCUGUCCCGCGGCCGACCGCGCCGCGCCGCCCGCGUCGUCAAGUGCGAGGUCGCAACACGUAGCGUCCGCGCCUACUCGCGCGACCUCAUUGUCAACGCCGAGACGUGGGUCGACGACAUGCCUGGCUGGCCUGCGUGGGACCGUGUGACAUUAAAGCAGCGUCGCGGCGAGGCUUCACGACCAAAGUUUUCCUCUUCGUGGCGCCGCAAGAUGGCCGUCAAGGAGCAGCUCCCGCUCCCCACGUCCCGCGGACUGGACGAAAAGAUUGUCUAUGGGGCACCAGCAAAGCAAAGCGGCUCGGGCAAGCCAGAGGAGGAAGGCGAGGUCGGCAAGUACGCGAGUCUGGCAGGCAAGCACUGGAGCGCGUUUGAGGAGUGUGGCUUUGACUCUGCCCCGCGGCAAAGCACCGUCACGUCGUCGCGCAGCAAAGAGGAAGGCGAGCAUGUCGACAUCAACAAGCGUCUCCAGUUUGACCUGAACGAGAGCGCAAAGCAGAGCGUCACCGAGCGCCGCCAGACCAUGGACUGGGGCCAGUUUGCCGACGGCGGCUUUACCCGUACCGAGCCAUUCCUCACUGCCUCGUUGACGUUUUCGGCGCCCGUCCAGACAUCCAUCACCGAGUGGCCCAAGGAGCGCGACGAGCUUCGCCGCCGACUGGAAAAGACCCAGAAGGAGGCCACGCCCUUCAACCACGACACGACCCCUCGUACGGGACCCGCAGCGUCCUAUGAGGGCGCCGACGCGUCCGGACGCGUCUACAUUGAGGAGGCCUUUAUCGACUGCUGGGCCGACUUUAUGAUGGGCACCGGCUGGAUGGACCGCGCAGAACUCACUUUCAAGCGCUCGUCGUGGGCCAUUAUCGAGUACAAGGCCCGCCCGGGCCGUCCCGACGAGCAGGACGCCGCGCACCCGUCCGUGGACCCACGCACCUCGGAGCUGUGUUUCCUCUUUGAAGAGUAUGUCCCGCUCGACUACCAGAUGGCCAUUGCCGAUCCCAAGCGCAAAAAGUCACUGCACAAGCUCUUCAGCACCAAGAAGAAGAACAAAGCCCUCCCGCCUCAGCCUUUUACCCCACGAGACGACUUUGACAAGAUGCUGUCGCGCACGACCGCCAAGAAGAUUAGCCUCCCUCGGUCCGACCAGUCUGUCUCGUCGUCGCUCUGGCAGUCUCUGGGCGACGCACAGAACAAGCCCAAGACGGGCACUGCGAGCCUCCCCUCCAGUCCCUCCAUGCUCGGCAGCUCUUCGUCGCGCACGCCCAAGCAGCCCACGGCCAUGUCAAAGUCGGCCACUGCCAGCCCCCUAGGACCCCCCUUGUCUGAGCGCGUCGCCGACGAGCACGGCAAGCUUGGGAACGGCAAGCCGAGUUUUUUAAAGUCGAUUCGGCGCGUAAAGUCCGGCACCGACCAGCGUGAAAAGGCCAAGAAGCAGCGCGAGGUGUCGAUGGAUUUUGAGAUCCAGUCUGCGAGUGGGCUGAGCUCAGGAAACAGCAGCCCCCAGGACGGCGGCGAGGAAAAGUGGAUGGACAUUCUCAUCGCCAACGGCGCGCGCAAGAUGGACGCCAACCAGAAGGGCCUCGAGGUCGUAGCGUCGCCUCCCCAGAAGAAGAACAACCUCCCCGUUCCUCCCAAAAUGACCGACCGUGGUCCCACGCCUCCUGCCUCGCGCUCUGAGAGCGACGACGUUACCCCGACCAACACGCGCUUUGGGUCCCUCAACAACCUGGAGGACAAGUCGGGUCCCGCGGCCGGCACGGGUCUGGGCCUGCAACCUCCAGUCCAACUGGGCCUCCUCUCGUCUUCGGAGCGCGACUUCCCCGGCGACCGCUCUGAGCUGGACGACGGCACCGGCACCGAGCCCGACUUUGAGCACAAUGCCGUCGACAGCAGCAACUCGUACUCGCAGUCGUACUCGUCGCAGGCAGCAAGCUCGUCGGUGUACGACGGGUCGUCGCAGCACACGGCCGGCUCGGCAGCCACCACUGGCGAGUCGGUCCAGCCGUCCGACUCGAUUUCGAUGCGCAGGCGAGCUGCCCCCUCGCCCCCAGGGUCGCCGCGCGACGUCCACACCCCGCAGCCGCCACUGCGCGACUCGACCGCCAGCGCGUACGACGGCAUCGUGCACGCCCCGCAGCCGCGCAACCUCGGCGAGCGCGAUGCCAUCUUCUCCAUUGUCGACCAUUACCGGGACAGCAGGGACAGCAGGGACAGCCGAGACGCCGCCACCACCACCCCGCACGGGGAGGAUUUUCGCGACAGCCGCGCCACCGACUUUACAGAGGUCUCCGACGGUGAUGCGUACGGCGGAAUGGAGCGCGACUCGUACAUUGAGCGGACGUAUGCCUCGGAACGCACCAACAGCGCGUACAACAUCGAGGACGACCUGCACCCCCCACCCAUCUUCGACCUGACGCCCGGCCGCGAGCCCAGUCCGGCACGGUACAAGCACGGCGAGCCGUUGCACUUUGUCGGCGAAGAAGAGGAGGAGGAAGAAUACUGA